AUGUCUACUUUCGAAAAAGUUGUUGUCGUUGAUGGUAAGGGCCAUCUACUAGGUCGUCUAGCCUCCAUUGUUGCUAAGCAACUAUUGAACGGUCAAAAGGUCGUCGUUGUCAGAGCUGAAUCCCUAAACGUCUCUGGUGAAUUUUUCAGAAACAAGUUAAAGUACCACGAUUACUUGAGAAAGGCCACCGCAUACAACAAGACUCACGGUCCAUUCCAUUUCAGAGCCCCAUCUAGAAUCUUCUACAAGGCUGUUAGAGGUAUGAUCCAACACAAGACUGCCCGUGGUAAGGCUGCUCUAGAAAGAUUAAAGGUCUUCGAAGGUAUCCCACCACCAUAUGACAAGAAGAAGAGAGUUGUCGUUCCAAACGCUCUAAGAGUUCUAAGAUUGAAGCCAGGUAGAAAGUACACCACUCUAUCCAAACUAUCUUCUGCUGUCGGUUGGAAAUACGAAGACGUCGUUGCUAAGCUUGAAGCUAAGAGAAAGGUUAGCUCUGCUGAAUACUACGCUAAGAAGAGAGCUUUCAACAAGAAGGUUGCCGCUGCCUCUGCCGCCACUUCUGAAUCUGACGUUGCUAAGCAACUAGCUGCCCUAGGUUACUAA